AUGGACCGCAGCUGGGAGAGGACCAGCCCUUCGACGAAAAUACCAAGUAGCAGGGAGGCCACCAUACCACCCCGCACCGCCGUAGCCCACGACCAGAGCAGCGACCACGCUGGGCCGCUGCCCAGACCUGCGCCGCUCGCCGGGACCAAGCCUAGGUCCGACAGAGCACGCAACCACCGGCCGCACCUCCUCCCGCCAGCCCUGCCACCAAAGCACCAGCAGACGCGCCGCCAGGAUGCAGCCACCGCGGCACCGCCAGCCAUCCCCGCCGCCGCAUCCAGGAAAGGGCACGACGCUCAGAUCUGGCUGCUUGCCACGGCAGACCGCGACCACCCCACCACGCGCCUGGGCCACCCCGACGACACCGGCCCCAGCCAGCCGCCCGCCGUGGACCGCCGCUGCACCCCGCCGCCGGACCUCACAGAUCGGCGCGUGCCGCCGCGCAGCCGCCACACCCAGCGAGGAGGAAAGGAGAAGAACGGAGGGCGCCCAGGAAGAGGCCCCGCCGCCUCCCUCACUGGAGCCCGCCCGGCUUCGCCGGCGAAGCCCCUCCGGCAGCGGCGAGACGAGAAGGGGAGAGGGCAAGGCCCGACGGCGCGCGAGGGGAGUCGCCCCCCAUGUCGCCAGAGGAGGGCGACGCGGAGGUGGUUUUUUUUUCUAGUUCAUGAGUAG